AUGCAAAAGCCUAUAAUGUUUAUCAUCAAAUAUUUAAUUAUUGUUAUAUUUGCUCAUAUAACAGGCUUUUCAUUAGCUAAUUCUGUCUAUUCGCUUCCAACUCAAUUAAAGCCAGAGUACUCAAUAGCACAUGAUCCUGGUAAAGAACAAGAAAUGUUUUAUAGCGCUUAUAUAGCAACCGUACGUAUAUAUCGGCCAUAUCUAUGUCAAUUUGAUUUUGCAAUUCAAAUUAAUAUAAAUGAAACUACAGAAUGUGUUUCCAAUUCUAAUGCAUUGAAUUAUGAAUAUUCAUUUACUGUCCAAUUAGAUUCCAAACAUAUUGAAACAUCCGUUAUUCGAAACCUUGCAAUAAAAUGUCCAUUUAUCAAUUGUUCUCUAUCAUCAUUUUCUAUAAAACAUAUUCAUAUUGAUUCGAAUGCGCAACUUAGAUCAGAGAAUAAAAUUCAGUGUUCAAUAGAUAAUAGUACACAAUGGUUCAAAAUUAUUGAACACCAAUAUACGGUAUCGGAACCAAUAACAAUGAAAUGUAAAACAUUCGAUUCAUGUAAACAAUCAAAAUCAAUGAUUAAACAAGGUUUAUCAAAUUUUCAACUAAAAUAUAGUUCCGCAGAUAGUUCAAAUUAUCCUUCAUGUUCAGUUGAACGAAGGUUAAGCGAUGAAUUAACAACAAAUUUUGAAGAAACAAUACAUUCAUUAAACAAAGUUAUUCCUAAUGUGGAAAAUCGUUUUGAAAAAGUAGAUAGAACAGAACAAUUAUCAAUACAUGUACAAAAUAAAGUAACUGAUUAUAAUGAUUAUACUAAUAAUAAUAUUUAUCAACCAAUCGUUCCAAUUACCGAUAUCCAUCAGAUCCGAACUAAUCAACUGAGUUUUACUGAAAAAGAUUCUGGAACCAAUGCCUCACAUUCUUUGCUUCAAGAUGACACUAAUAUUGGUGGAUUGCUAAACUGGAAUACUCUGCCAGAUGUAAAGGUUGUCUCCUCUUCGAACGGAGAAACCCAAUUUAUUGUCCCAGCUUCCAUGAGCAACCGCAUUCCUCCUGGCACGCGCGUUCGCAAAAAUGUCAAAAACCUGUCAGCCCAGGAAAAAGGCGAUUUUGUGGAGGCAGUGCUGAAGUUGAAAGCCACCUUAUCCCCUUACAAUAACUCAUACACCUACUACGAUCAAUUUGUCGCCUGGCACCAGAAGACAGUGGCAGAGUCGACUUCUUCAGGGAUUGGAAUUGCGCAUCAUAGUCCGGCAUUUCUACCUUGGCAUAGGAAAAUGUUACUCCUAUUCGAAGAUGCACUCUGUGAAGUAAGUGCAAAGAAUAUUACGGUGCCUUUUUGGGAUUGGACAGAUCCCGCCAGUACCGGAGCCGUGUUUACAGAUGAUUUCAUGGGAUCAGGUGGAGUACUUGAACAAGGAUAUGCGGUGGUAUCAGGGCCCUUUCGUAAGGGAAUAUGGCAAAUAAACAUUUAUUCUCAAAUGCCAGGUCAUAGUCAACGUUGUCCUUUCCCAUAUUUAGUGCGAGGACUCGGAGACUUCAGUGGAAACCAUUACCCAGUUUAUCUUCCUACUGUAGCGCAUGUGGCGCAGGCCUUAACCGCCACUCACUACGAUGUGCCUCCUUAUAACAAACAAAGCCCGUUGGCUCAAAGUUUUCGGAAUACUAUUGAAGGAUUUGAUCCACCCGACCAGAAAAUUCAACACUUGCAUAAUGUAGUGCACGAUUGGGUAGCAGGUAUUUUCAUUCUGAAUGAUAAAAUAUGGGAAGGAUCGAUGGAACCAUUGGAUGUUUCUCCCAACGAUCCAGUCUUUUUUCUGAAUCAUGCCAACAUUGAUCGCCUAUGGUCAGAAUGGGAAAAGAAUCAUCCGAACGAAUAUGCUCCAGUAAUUGAUGAGCAUUACGGUAUUAAUCGAGGUGAUAAAAUGAUUCCAUUUGUCCACUAUCUGAAUCAUACGCGCAUGAAGCGUCAUGGAGUCACUCCCGGGUCCAUGCUGGAAAUACUCAGUUUAGGGUACAUCUAUGAGUAA